CCUCCAGGUCGUCCACUUCUCCUUGCUCGACUCCACUGUGCGCGUCGUCCACCAUCACGGCAGCACCCCCGACAUCGAUAACGCCACCGUGAUUUACAAUGGUCACAACCUCAUCAUCUUGAAGGAUGGCAGCCAUCACGUCGGCCUGAUGGCCGACGUUCGCCUCCCAGACAUCGGCGACCCCUAUGUGCUGUCCACCAGGAACGAGCUCAUCGUCCUCUCCGGGUGGGACGUGCGUGCUACCCUCCACGGGGAUUACAAAAAUGGCAGCAGCAGCAGUAACAACACCGACAUUAUCAUCAGCCGAGCUGCCUGCAAAUCCGGCGGAACACAACAAACUCAACGUGGAUUCUGCUCUGGCCACGAUGGCUGCUGCCAUGCUCCAAUCUCUGCAGGCAGCACGCCCAAGAAAAUUGAAUUCCAAGUGCUCAAUAAGAACAUCAGUCGUCGUCAGUUUGGUGGUUAUGAUUGGCCGUUAAACUACGCAUUGGUGUUCAUCUCAAAUGUGGGGAUAGAUGAGUGGCACAAGAUCUUCAACAUGACUGGAUCCACCAGUCACGUGUCAUCUCCCAUUCUUCUUCAAUGGGCCGUUAAGCAAGGCUUGCCAGAGCCUGCUGCCGACAACUCAGGCAAGUGCCAAUCGGACGUGGUCCGCCGCCUUUGCAAGAGCGAGCACAGCGACUGCCGGCAAGAGAAUGGAGGCUAUACGUGCCACUGCUCCAAGGGAUACGAUGGCAACCCUUACGUCGCCGAUGGAUGCAAAGAUAUUGACGAGUGUAACAACCUAGCGCUACGCAAUACAUGCUUGGACUUGGGCGGCUCCUGCUUCAAUUACCCUGGAGGCUACGAGUGCCAGUGCCCGAUCGACCGGAAUGCACGGCAACGUUUAUCAGCCCGGCGGCUGCAUCGUCGUCAAGAAGUCGGCAACACGUGAGAAUCUCAUGUCCCUCCUACAUGAUCCUUCUGUUGACAUGGUUUAAUUAUUGGUUUGUCAGCUGCUAGUGGCCCAGCACUCCUAUUGGUUCUGGGUAUAUGGUUCCUACUCCGCAAGCUUAAACAACGCAGGAUAAAAUUACUUAAACAGAAGUACUUCAAGCAAAACCGUGGGCAACUGUUGCAACAGCUAUUGUCCCAAAAGGCAGACAUUGCGGAAAGGAUGAUAAUACCAUUGGAUGAGCUAGCAAAGGCCACAAACAACUUCGACAAAGCUCGUGUCAUUGGUGGUGGAGGGCAUGGUACUGUUUACAAAGGAAUCCUAUCAGAUCUACAUGUGGUGGCCAUCAAAAAGUCAAAGAUUACCCUCCAGAAAGAAAUAGAUGAGUUUAUAAACGAGGUGGCAAUUCUCUCACAGAUCAAUCAUAAGAAUGUGGUAAAACUCUUGGGAUGCUGCCUAGAGACUGAGGUGCCAUUGUUGGUGUAUGAGUUUAUUCCCAAUGGGACCCUUGAUCAGCAUCUUCAUAUUGAAGAACCAAAAAGGUCACUAUCAUAGAGCAACAGGUUGAGGAUCGCAACUGAAAUAGCUACUUCUCUUGCCUAUCUUCACUCCUCAGUUUCAAUCCCAAUAAUCCAUAGAGACAUCAAAUCUGGUAACAUACUUCUUGAUGAUACAAUGACAUCAAAGAUAUCUGACUUUGGAGCUUCGAGAUACAUUCCAAUAAACAAAACAGAAUUGACAACAAGAAUACAGGGAACGUUUGGAUACUUGGAUCUAGAGUGCUUUCAAACUGGUCGGCUUACCGAGAAAAGUGAUGUUUAUAGCUUUGGUGUAAUUCUCGUGGAGCUGCUCACCCGGAAGAAACCAACUUGUCCACAUUUGUCAAAUGAAUAUGGUGGCCUUGUUCCACAUUUUCUCAAUCUACUUGCCUCUAGAAACCUUGCCCACAUCAUAGAUCCACAAGUUCUAGAGGAAGGAGGCACAGAGGUGCAAGAAGUUGCUAUGCUUGCAGCAUCCUGUAUAAACUUAAGAGGUGAAGAAAGGCCAACAAUGCGGCAGGUUGAGGUUACAUUGGAAGGACUUCAACAACGUUCCAACAAAAUGUACAAGAAAGAUGAUAUGGUCACUAAGGAAUUUGAGAAUGCUAGCAUUGGAGCAAACUAUUCAUCAUGGACUAAAGAAGGGCACAAAUUUGAGGAAUCAAGUAGAAGAUAUAGUAUGGAGCAAGAGAUGGUGAUGUCAGCGAGGUAUCCUAGAUAACAUAGCUCUGUGUUGUGUUUAUUAUCACAAUGGAUAAGUUAACUUCUCCUUACUAGUAUUUUUUAUGCAUGAUGAUUCAACUGUAUUGUUCACAUGAUUAUGAUGUAUCAUCAGUUAUAAAUAUAACUAUAUACCAGAUCAGGUCAAAGUUGGUUGAUUUCUUAUCUUAA